AUGGCGAACAACGAUGCUGAUGAGGUGAAGAGCGGGCGUCAGGACAACAAUCGUCGUAACUUGCCGGUGGGUAACAACAACACUGCAAGUGGUAAUCCCGUUGGGUUCCCACACCAGCCAGGCCAGAUGGUGGCCCAACUGCGCCAAGACGUGGCACCAAUUCCAUCUCACUAUCCCAAUCAUACCUCCAGCCAUGCCAGCAACGCGCAGCAGACCUUAAUCGAUCAACAAGCCAACCAGCACCCAUUUGCCGACCCUUAUGAGGGAUAUGGCGGUUAUCCUAACGUUGCGGGAGCUGAUCAGGCCCAGCAAGCCGGCCAAGCCAACGUCAACUCUCAGUACUUGAACACCCAGCAGGCCGGUCAACCGAGCUUCAACCCUCCACACGAUCAACAGGCCGGUCAAGCAAACGUCAACCAUCAGCACUCCCAGCAAACCGGUCAGGUCAACUACUAUCUUCAACAGCUCCAGCAGGCCAGUCAAGCCAGCUCCAACCCUCAGCACUAUCAGCAGGCCAGUCAACCUAACUUGAACCCUCCACGCCCUCAGCAGGCCGGUCAAGCCAACUUGAACCCUCAGCACUCUCAGCAAACCGGUCAGGUCAACUACUAUCUUCAACAGCUCCAGCAGGCCAGUCAAGCCAGCAUCAACCCUCAGCACUUCCAGCAGACCGGUCAACCUAACUUGAACCCUCCACGCCCUCAGCAGGCCGGUCAAGCCAACUUGAACCCUCAGCACUCUCAGCAAACCGGUCAGGUCAACUACUAUCUUCAACAGCUCCAGCAGGCCAGUCAAUCCAGCAUCAACCCUCAGCACUUCCAGCAGACCGGUCAUACCAGUUCCAACGCUCAACACUCCCAGCACGCCGGCCAAGCCAACUUCAAUCCUGAGUACAAUCACACCCAGCAGGCUAGUACCGCCAACGCCAACCUUCAAGACAUGUACAUGCAGCAGGCUGGUCAAGCGCUCCUUUACCCUCAACAUCCCCAGCCGGCUGGCCAACUCAACGUGGACCUUCCAAUCAUCGCUUCACCUCCCGCCGCUGGCGGCGCCAAUCUUCCUUUGGCCCCGAUAUUCAUAGCUCCAAGCUCAAAUGUGCCCGCCCCUAAUCACCUCGCAGGCGUUCAACCGCCUCAGCCAGUAGACAAUGUCCAAGUUGUCCCGGCUGUGCACCCUCCCAAUGCUCAUGUCCCUGAAAACCAGCCCAAUGCGAAUCCGCCUCCAAACCCUCACCCGCAGGCGGACCAUCCCGCUGUGCGUGCCCUUUACAAUAUUGAGCCUGGUCAGGAUAUCGAGGCUAUCAUCAGAGAUGCGGCCAACGUGCUUUACGCGGACCAUAACAUUUGCAAGCACGAAUGGAUCGAGGAUGGUACUAGCCGACGAUGCACCGCGCACGCUUAG